GCUCAAUGCUCCAUAUGCGACAUCUGUUUCUUCUUAUAUGAAUUGCACGACGUUCUUCAUGUCGUUGUUGAAGUCCACUGUCCAGUUCACAAUAACCCACACUAAGGAACACUCGACGCACCACCAAUCAAAGAGACAACAUUUUCAGGCCUCUCCCUCACUCAAUUGAAGAAGAUUCACAUUCAACUCAGUAGUUAUUCACUUACCCAUAAUUCCAACAUGUUCUCCUCAAAAGAUAAUGUCGCAAUUAUUGGAGGUGGACUAGCAGGCAUAGCCAUGGCGCUCUCCCUUCAUGACCUGGGUAUUCCUGCUACUGUAUACGAAGCGCGCAGUACCCAUUCUGCCUCUAAAACUUCUAGCGGGGCUUUAAUGCUCUCACCCAAUGGACUCAGCAUUCUAAAUCGUCUAGGUGUCUACCGCCAACUGGAGGAAAAGAGCUUCGCGUUUGAGCAUGUCUAUUACAAAGAUGCAAACGAGGAUACGGUCGACAAGUAUCCCCUGGGCGAUGAAGAGGCGUACGGAUAUAAGGCCUUCCGCAUUUACCGUCAAGAACUUCUCGACAUUCUUUACCAAGCAUGCUUCCAGCGGGGCAUCCUGAUCAAGUUCAACAAGAAGUUUGCUAAAGUCAUUGACGAGACAGAGAGCGGCGUUACCUUCGAACUGAGCGAUGGAACUAUAGAGAAUGCCACUCUGCUCAUCGGUGCUGAUGGAAUUCACAGCAAAGUGAGAGAAUAUGUCGCUCCUGGUGUCCAAAAGAAGUUCAUGGGCAUGACAGCGUUGACAUGGGAGACACCAACGAGUCAGCUUCGAAUCCCAGAAAAUAAAGAUUAUAAGUUCCCAAUUAGCGUCCUUACACAGAACGGCGUUUUUGUCCUCGCACCUCAAAGGCCUGAUGGAUCGGCCAUGUUGGCGGGUACGCAGUUUCCAGUUGAGGAUCAGCCAAGAGAAGGAUGGGAAAAGCUCAUGGCCGACAAGGAAGGGCUGAAGGAGCAUGCCAGAAAAAACAUCGACACCUGGCCUGACAUUGUUAAAUCUGUGUUGGAAGAUAUUAACGCUGACACCAUGAACAUGUGGGUCUUCUACGCGGUUCCUCGACUGCAGAACUGGACCUCUGCGCGACAUCACCGUGUCGUUAUUCUUGGUGAUGCGGCACACGCUAUUCCGCCAACAACUGGAAAUGGUGCUUCGCAGGCAUUCGAAGACGCGAUGUCCCUGGCUUUGCUACUCGCGACACUGCGAAGCACAUCGGGCCUGAGAUGGGACGAUGGCCUGAAGUUCUGGCAGAAAAUGCGGCAGGAUCGCAUUGAUAAACUUCUUAGCCUUACUAAGCAACUUAACAAUAAACGCUUACCACUUGAAAAGCAAAAGCUGCUCGCCAAGGACGAAGUUUGGGUAGACAAGUCGUUGGAAGAUCCCAAGCAGAUGGCGUGGCUCUACGUACCAGAAAUCGAGCAGCAGAUAAAGGCAUGGGCAGACGAGACAUUGAAGGACACGCUGCGGGGUCUUGCUGAUGACGGAUACCAGCAAUUAUAG